AAAAUAUUGAAGUCCUAGCUAAUGCCAACCGUCGGAUCACUGAUGUUAAUGUCCACAAUUGGAAGUGUAGGCCGCUUGACCAGAUCAAGCACGUGAUCGUCGAACCUGCUAGAGAUCAUCCUGAUUCUACUCUCACCAGUUUCUCCUCUAGCACACUCUUCCUACCCUCUCGAACCCUAAUUCCGGAACUCACUUGUGAGCUCCUCAUUCUUCCGUUCUUCGUCGAAUCUCAGGAAGUUGGUCCUUUCAAGAGUGCUCAUGCAAGUCUUUGAAUUGGUCAUUUGAACAAUCUUGAAGAAAGUGGGAUCAGAAUAAAUGGAUUCAGUACCUGCUGAUCCAUCAGCAAAGUCUCCUGAGAGACAACCCACUGCUCCAGUAGAUUCCGGAUCAGAUACUUCUGCGCGUGAUGUUCCAUCUAAGUUGUCUUCUUGGGCUAGAAGUUUCAAAAUCCCUCAGCAGUUGACUACCACAGUCGACGAUUGCCCUACUGGAGGUGCUGGAAAAUCAACUUUUUCACGCUUCACAAGUGGUUUCGGGUUGCGGUCAUCUCCAAAAUCACCUCCAGCAGAUGAGGGUCAUGGACCUGAAGCGGCUUCUGGCUUCAUUGGAACAAUUACCAAAGGUUUAGUUGAUACAUCUAAGAAUGCAGUGAAAGUGGUACAAGUCAAGGCUCGGCAUGCUGUUUCUCAAAAUAAGAGGAGAUACCAGGACGGGGGAUUUGAUCUCGACAUGACCUAUAUCACUGAAAAUAUAAUUGCUAUGGGAUUUCCUGCUGGUGAUAUGAGUUCUGGUUUUUUUGGCUUUGUUGAGGGGUUCUACCGUAACCACAUGGAAGAAGUGAUAAAGUUUUUCGAAAUGCAUCACAAGGAUAAGUACAAAGUAUACAACCUUUGUUCUGAGAGGCUUUAUGACGCAUCAUUAUUUGAAGGAAAGGUGGCUAGUUUUCCGUUUGAUGACCACAACUGCCCCCCAAUUCAACUGAUAAUAUCAUUUUGUCAUAGUGCUUACUCAUGGUUGAAGGAAGAUAUUGAGAAUGUUGUGGUUGUCCAUUGCAAGGCUGGAAUGGCAAGGACAGGGCUCAUGAUUUCUAGCCUUCUUCUGUACUUAAAAUUCUUUCCUACAGCAGAAGAGUCCAUUGAUUACUACAAUCAAAAGAGAUGUUUUGAUGGGAAAGGACUUGUUCUACCCAGUCAAAUUAGAUAUGUGAAGUAUUUUGAGCGUACCUUGACAUACUUCAAUGGUGAAAACCAGCCUGGCCGAAGGUGCAUGCUGAGGGGAUUUCGGCUUCAUCGGUGCCCUUACUGGAUCAGGCCUGCUAUAACUGUUUCUGAUCAUAAUGUAGUCAACGCCUACUACGAAAAUUCCUACGGGAUGGAAAUGUACAUGUUUGAUAUAGAUAGCUAUCCAAGAAUGAGCAGAUUGCAUGAAUCCAAGGUCAAGAAAAAGAAUUUUUAUAUGAUACCUAUGUCGAUUGAUGACUGCUGCUGCUGUUUUGUCCUACUGCAGGUGUUCUCUUUUCUACGAAAAAGCAUUCGAGGACCAAGGACUUGUCGCCAGAAGACUAUUGGUUCAGUGCGCCGAAGAAAGGAGUUAUGGUAUUUGCUCUCCCAGGGGAGCCCGGUCUGGCAGAGGUGGCUGGAGACUUCAAAGUCCAGUUUCAUGACCGCCAGGGAGAUUUUUACUUGUCUUUGGUUAAACACGACAAUGAUGGAAAACAGGAAAGUCCUAAACACGGGUGAUAUCGACGGUUUUGACAAGAGGAAACUUCCAUCACCAGGGUUUCAAGUUGAGGUGGUUCUAGUUGAUGCUAAUAAUACCACUGUUCUCCCAGUGCCCCUAAACACCCCCCAAGCAAAGUCCGACGGAGGAGGCUCGAGCACUGUUUCUACUACCUCACCUGAUACAGCUUCAGCACCAAGCACAACGGCCCCCUCGAUGCAAAGCAAAGACUAUGCACCAAACCCCGAUAAGGAUGAUGUCUUUUCAGACAGUGAAGCAGAGGAAUCGGUGUCUUCGAAGAGAAAAGGAGAUGAAGCGAGCGCAGCACCACAAGCUACUACUGCGGCCGAUGUAGGAUCUGUUGCCACGCCAGCUACUGCUAAAUCGGAGCAACAAGCUGCGAGUUUAACAAAAGCGACGGAACAGGUCUCUCUGGGGAAUGCAGCAUCCGAGAAACCGGUGCACAUUAGUAAUCAGCCAAAGGGGGAAAAUGACACCUCGAGCAUUGGGCAUAACAACACGGAGAGCGAGUUCAAAGCAAUGGCUGCUGAUGCAUCUGUGUUCACUUUUGGGGAUGACGAAGACUAUGAUAGUGAAUGAAAUAAAUAAAAAAGGAGUAUGACAAUCUCCUCUUUUCUUUCUGCACGGUUCUGUACAUAAUGGUUUAUGACAAGUUAUAGUAACUUGGUUCGUUGAUUCUGGAUUUAUUGGUCAGUGUAAACAAAAUGCAGACUUAAGAUGCAAGACUUCCCCUUUGCACCAGCUUGUGUGUAUUUGUUUCAUUGGAUUUUGGAAUAUAAUGUACAUAGUUCUAUUGAUGUACACCGUCCGUCUUAAUGAAAUCUUAGAAGCUUUUCUCCUGUUUUGAAG